CGUAGAGUUAGCACCUCGUUCCAUCUAACAACAAUCAACUUCUCGCCAACCAACAUGCAUUUUACGUCCUUGGUCGUCGUUCUGCUUUCCGUGGUAGUCAACCUUGCAAGGGGCCAGCGCUAUCUCGACGGCUCUUGCAAUACCACAGCUGCUAACGACUGUGGUGGCCGUGGUUACUGCGCCGUCCCCGGUUCCGACGUUUUCGACCAUGUUUGCUGCGUUGCCGACUGCGAAGCGGCUGGAAACGACUGUAUCGUGGAUACCGAGCUCGUCGAUGCGACAUGUUAUUAGUUCUAUUGUGGAAAGGCGACUGCGCAUGUUGAAGUCGGAAAAGUGUGCACGGUGGUUCUAGCGGGUGGAAGG